ACGGCCAGGAGGACCCCUGUGCCCUCUCCUCCGGGCCGCCCGCCAGGUUGCCAACCCAGCCACCCUGGGUGCUACGCGGCGCCUUCUUGGCCGCUGGGAGUCGGGCAACAGGUGAAGAGGGCGGGCGUCCGCGGGGCGGUCCCUCUCCUGCCCGCCUCCCGCCCGCCCCUCUCCACGCCCCCUCCCCUCCUCCGGGCCUCUACCGCCUUCCCCAGCUGCCCGGCAGCCUCCCCUCGCUCGCUCUCUUCCUCUAGGGCCCCAGCGCAGCUAAGGAGCCCGCGCACCGAGGCGCUAGGGGCGCCGCGCACUCGAGGGCACGCGCCGCGCCUGUACAGCCCCCGGCGGGCGCCCCCCUCGCGCCCCCUGCCCCGCGCCGGCCGCGUUCCCCUCCCCCGCGCCUGUGUCCCCAGGGCGCAGGGCCGCGCGUCCAGCCCCAGACCCGCCGGGGGUCCCUGGGGACGCGCCAGCCCGGCAGGGGCUCGACUAUGGAGGAGUCGCAGCGCGCCCGCUCGCACACCGUCACCACCACCGCCAGCUCCUUCGCAGAGAACUUCUCCACCAGCAGCAGCAGCUUCGCCUACGACCGGGAGUUCCUACGCACCCUGCCCGGCCUCCUCAUCGUGGCCGAGAUCGUUCUGGGGCUGCUGGUAUGGACGCUUAUCGCCGGAACUGAGUACUUCCGGGUCCCCGCAUUUGGCUGGGUCAUGUUUGUAGCUGUAUUUUACUGGGUCCUCACCGUCUUCUUCCUCAUUAUCUACAUAACAAUGACCUACACCAGGAUUCCUCAGGUGCCCUGGACAACAGUGGGCCUGUGCUUUAACGGCAGUGCCUUCGUCUUGUACCUCUCUGCCGCUGUUGUAGAUGCAUCUUCCGUCUCCCCUGAGAGGGACAGUCACAACUUCAACAGCUGGGCGGCCUCAUCGUUCUUUGCCUUCCUGGUCACCAUCUGCUACGCUGGAAACACAUAUUUCAGUUUUAUAGCAUGGAGAUCCAGGACCAUACAGUGAUUUACCAUUUUGAUAAUUAAAAGGAAAAAAAAAGGAAGACUCUUACUGUAAAAACAGCUGUAGGUAUAAUGUAUAUUCCCAGAGAAUUGUAUUUAACUAAUUAAUGUUUUUUAUAUUCUUAAAUUUGCUCACAAAUUGUGGUUUGUUACAAUUAAACUGGAUACUUAUUUGCAAAGUGUUGUAGCUUAUAAUGAACUCUUAAGUAUCUUAUUAAUGUAUUAAUGUCUUCAUAGAUCAUAUUUUCUUAGACAAUGUUUAAAUAGAUAAAUUGCUAAUAUUGAGAAUGUGUCAAGUUUGUAAACCUAACUUUUAAGAUGCCAGAUUCUUUUUUGAUUAAAUGUUGCAAAAUCCCAACUAA